UACUUCCGGCAUGCUCUGAAGUCGAAUAGUUAAUAAUGGCGGGUUCUCGGUUUAUAUUAGCUCAGGUUUGCGUGUUAUGCUUUUGAGUUGACAAAGAAAGUUUCCCCCUUCAACUUUGCCACCAUUGUACCUGUAAUUAUAUUUUAAUGUGGGCGAAGAAGUUUGUUGCGGUUUCUAUUCAUUCUAGUGUAGCUACUAACAAGUCUCAUUGAGCGGAAAUGCUUACAAUGAAACACUUCGCGUUAGUUUAUCUGUCAUUCAUCGGGAUUCUUCACAACAGUGGCUGCUCCAAGCUAAAUAUGCCCAAAGUCCUACUGCCGCUUGCGAGAAGUACACGAAUUAACUUCACACUGGAAACAACUGAAGGUUGCUAUAGAUGGACGUCAACACGACCAGAAGUAGCUAGCGUUCAGCCUAUAGAUGAAGAGGUUGGUCGAGGCUGCUCAAGGAGAGCAGUUCUUCAAGCCCUCUCUACUCAGGCCUCCAGAUUGACCAGCAUCAUUCUAGCUGAAGAUGUUGUGACUGGACAGGUACUUCGCUGUGAUGCAAUUGUCGACGUGAUCUUUGGUGUCACCAUUGUGUCCACCACCAGAGAGCUGCACCUGGAGGAUUCACCCCUUGCACUUGAAAUUAAUGCACUGGAUUCUGAAGGAAACACCUUCAGCACUCUUGCAGGUCUGGUUUUUGACUGGAGUUUAGUGAAAGAUGUGGAUGUAAAUGGAUUCCCUGAUUCGUAUAAUUCAUUACGGUUUCUGAAGUUUUCUGAAUCCACAUACACACCUCCUGGAUACAUAUCUGAAAUGGAGCGUGUUGGCAAACAAGGCAAUAUCAUUUUGGUGUCAGGCCUGAAAACAGGACAUGCUACAAUAAAGGCCAAAAUCCAAGAAUCACUGUAUCACGGAGUUGAUGCAGCUGAGGUGAAACUGCUGAUUUUAGAGAACAUCUUGCUGAGCCCUGCUCAUGAUGUCUACCUGUUGGCUGGAACGUCAAUCCGAUACCAAGUCCUAAAGAUAAGACAGGGCUCAAUAACUGAGCUUUCAAUGCCAUGUGAUCAUUACGAGCUGCAUCUUCAAAACGGCGUGGUUGACCCAAACGGAGAUCCAGACGUUGCUGUCGCACGUCUGGAUCAAAGAACCUCCAAAGUUACAGCUAUUCAACUGGGACACAUCAAUGUCGUGCUCGACCAUAAAAGUCUUCGAAUGCAAGGAGUGUUUCGCCUUCCCAACAGCACUCUCUUUGUGGUGGAAGCUGGCUACCUAGGUUUUAAAAUUCACCCAGGAGACAGUUGGGUUCUGGAAACGGGCCGAGAAUAUGAUAUCCUGAUUGAAGUAUUUGAUAAAUCUGGCCGCAAACUUUUCCCGUCUGAUAAUAUCCGUAUUGAUUGUGUUUUCCCUAUCGAAUACUUUAACGUUUUGAGCUCUUCAGUGAAUGGAACUCAUCAUAGAGUCAAAGCUAUAAAAGCUGGCCUUAGUGGAUUUCAUGCUACACUACCCGCUGUUGAGGAUGACAAAGGUGGUGUCCACCCACUCACCAUCCCAGUCCACAAUGAACAGGAUGCUGAAAUCUAUAACCCUAUUGUACUUACUCCUAGUAUUCUCACAUUCCCAUGGCAACCCAAGGUCGGCGCGUAUCAAUACACUAUUAAGGCAACGGGAGGCAGUGGAAAUUUCAGCUGGUCUUCCUCCAAAAAUGGUGUGGCCACAGUGACUGUCAAAGGCGUUAUGACGACAGCCAGUGACGUUGGUGUCAGCACAAUUUUUGCUCAUGAUAUGCGUAACCCACUCCACUUCGGAGAGAUGAAGGUAUAUGUUGUUGAACCUGUCGCAAUGGACUUUGCUCCCUGUCCAGUGGAGGCACGAGUCGGCGCCACUCUAGACCUACCGCUCAGGAUAUUUGGACUACUGGAGGAUGGGAUGGAGCAAGUCAUGUUGAGUGACUGCUCCCACUUUGACCUGCAGGUUGAUGAGGAAAGUCAAGGCAUAUUUGAGCAACUUAAAGGUCGACUGGCUCCAGGCCAGGGCUACUGCAGUGGAGUGAGAGCCAAAGCCCUGGCACCAGGUUACACCACGCUCUCGGUCAGCUACACACACGGCAAUGUUCACCUCAGUGCCAAGAUCACUAUUGCAGCUUAUCUUCCACUGACUGCAAUUGACCCUGUAUCUGUGGCUGUAGUGACCCUGGGUUCCUCUAAAGACAUGCUCUUUGAGGGGGGGCCUCGGCCUUGGGUUCUGGAGCCCUCUAAAUUUUUCUGCGACUUGAAAGCAGAAAAUGAAGAAAGCGUGAGCCUUACUCUGACCAGCCCAUCAUCCCAUAAUUACGACCAGCACUUUGUCAGGGCAACCUGCAGGGCAUUGGGAGAGCAGAUGCUUGAGGUGAUGGUGAGCAAUAAGGCCAGCGUGACCAACCCUUAUCCCGCUGUGGAGCGGGCAUCUGUAGAGUUUGUUUGUGCUCCUCCGUCACGCCUCACCCUGGUUCCAGUGUACGCCAUCCCACAGCUGGAUCUACCGUGCCCCUUGCUGCAGCAGAACAAAAAUGUGGUUCCAGUUUCAAAUCACCGCAACUCGGUCUUGGAACUCGCAGCUUUUGAUCAACAAGGGCGGAAGUUUGAUAACUUCAGCUCUCUGAGCAUAUUGUGGGAAUCAACCAAAGUGGAUUUAGCUAGUUUCGAGCCUAUUCUACCAAUGACCCUUCAACUUUUUGAGGAUGAAAACAAACAGAAGAAAUUGCAUGGACGGCAGACUGUUGUUGUUCAUCAUCAGUCGGGGAUUGCUCUCAUCACAGUGACAGCGCAGGAUUACCAGUUUUCACAUAUAAAAGCAGCCAAAAUUAUUCGUCGAGAGGAAGUGUUCACCCCUGUUUCAGCGACAUUGGAGCUCAUAUUAGUUGAAGAUGUUAAUGUUUUUCCUGACACAUUGACCAUAUACAACCAUCCCGAUGUGCGGGUUAAUCUUGCCCUGCGAGAAGGUUCAGGCCACUUUUUUGUCAAUACCAGUGUCAAAGACAUCGCAAAUGUGGUAUUGCAGGACACACAAAGAGCAGCUCAGAUUGCCCCCAUCCAGGCAGGUGUGGUGCAAGUGAUUGUUCAUGAUCUCUGUUUGGCAUUACCGUCUACUGCCAAAGCCACAGUGCAUGUUUCUGACAUCCUGGAGGUGAAUUUGAGGGUGGUUGACAAGGUAGAAAUUGGUAAAUCCGUAAGAUGUUAUGUCAGAGUGUUAGAUGAUAACAAGAAGCCAUUCCCAGUCAGCUAUUUCCAAUUUAUGAAGUUGAAAGUAAAGGCAGCAUCUUCAAUCGUCUCCUUAAUACCACUAGCGGAUUCCACAGAACAUGACAGUGCAGUUUACCUUGUAAAAGGGGUUUCUAUUGGCCAGACGACUUUGUCAGCUGUGAUAGUGGAUAAAAAUGAGAGAAAAUUUUCCUCUGCUCCUCAACAAAUUGAGGUUUUUCCACCCUUCAAACUCAUCCCCAGAAAAAUGACUCUGCUGAUUGGAGCAAUGAUGCAGAUCACAUCUGAGGGUGGGCCCCAACCUCAGUCCAAUAUUCACUUUUCUAUCUCCAGUGAGGCCAUUGCUUCUGUAAAUGGCAUUGGUCAUGUCAAGGGUAUGACCAUUGGUAACGUCACUGUGACAGGACUCAUCCAAGCUGUCGAUGCAGAAACUGGAAAGAUGGUUGUUGUGUCAAAGGAUCAAGUAGAUGUUGAGGUUGUGCGUUUGACUGCCAUUCGAAUUAGGGCACCUAUUACACGAAUUAAGACAGGAGCGCAGAUGCCUGUAUAUGUGAUGGGCUUGACCAACAGUCAAACCCCAUUCACCUUCGCUAAUGCUGUGCCUGAACUUAGCUUCCACUGGUCCACCACCAAAAGGGGCAUCAUUGAUGUUCAGUCGAGACACUCUAUGGCCAAUGUUGAGCUCAGCUCAGAACACAAUUUUGGCAUGAGUGUGACUGGUUGGACAAGAGGGCGGACCGGGCUCAAAGUUGUUCUCAAAGUUGUUGACCCUGAUUCUGGUCAACUUGCUGGGAAUAUUCCAGAGCUCAAAGAUGAGAUCCAAAUCCAGGUCUAUGACAAGCUCCACAUGCUUAAUCCCAAAGUUGAGGCCGGGGAGAUACUCAUGGCUCCAAACUCAGUCCUAAAACUCCAAACAAGCAGGGAUGGCGUGGGCGUUCUGUCAUACCAGAUACUGGAUGGAACUGGCCAGGCUGCUGUGGCUCAAGUUGACGAUAAGGGCCUCCUCUUUUCUGGUCCACUAACAGGCAUUUCGUCACUGCUCGUUACCUCACAAGAGUCCUUUGGUGUCAAUCAAACGCUCAUCAUUGCUGUAAAGGUGGUGCCGGUGUCUUAUGUGCGCUUCAGUACCAGUCCAGUGUUGCAUACGUACUCCAGGGAGAGCCUGAAAGCCUUCCCUUUGGGCAUAGUGCUCACCUUCAUUGUUCAUUUUCAUGCCAGUACUGGAGAGUCCCUGCACAGCUCCAACAGCCAUCUCACCUUCUCCACUAACAGGGAUGAUGUGGUGCAGGUUGGAUCUGGCUGUGAUAACCAUACCUUGACAGUAAAGACGAUGAACGUAGGCCUCACGCUGCUGUCUGUGCAUGACAGUGAAAAUACUGUUAUGGCAGACUACAUUCCGCUUCCUGUUGAGCAUGCCAUCCAGCCAGGAGAGUCCCAGACGCUGGUUGUGGGUGACGUCAUUUGCUUUACUGCUCAGCUGGCCUCUCAAGAUGGAGGCCAUGGUACUUGGAGCUCCUCAGCCAAUUCUGUGCUCCAGGUAGACUCCAAAACUGGUGCAGCUGUAGCCAGAGACUAUGGGACUGCUACUGUGUACUAUGAGAUACCUGGUGUUUUAAAAACAUACAGAGAGGUUAAAGUGGAAUCUGCUACAAAGACAGCUGCAAUCGCACAGGCGGUACCAGUUAGAAUUGGAAAGCAGACUGAAGUCCUACUCGCUACCAGAGAACAAGGAACCAAUCUCAUUGGAACCUGCUCCUCUAUACAGACAGAAGCCAUUGCACAGUUGCAACCAGAAACCUCUGUCACCUGCCAACUCAGCUUUACCAGCGAUGCUGUUGAUUUCCCUGCUAGCAACGUCUUCAAAACACAUACCAGCUUUGAUCCCAACGUUGGCUUGUACACGUGUUCAUUGACCUUGCAGCCAAUGGCAGACCAGCUGACCAGAGUUUUGAGUAUGUCCAUGACCAACCUGCUAGUGAAGGCCGGCCUGGAGGGCAGCACCUUCUCUGGGGCGCAGAUUCACGCCACACUGCCCAUAGAGCUCGGCCUCUACUCUGACCUGACUGAGCUGAAGCUCUCCAACAUGCACCCAUCUGCAGAACUCAAAAUCUUUGGUCCAGCUGCUGCCCUCGCUGACAUGGAGGUGGUCUCCAGUUCUCCCAACAUUGAUAUUCAAGGAAUUGAGGCAAACGGCGGCUUCCCACCCCACUCGAAGUACACCAUCAAGGCUUUGGACCUCCAAGCUCCUAGCUCUACUUCCAUUAGCAUCAGCAGCGUCUCCUCUGGUCAGAGUCUCAUCAUCCCGAUCACUUUGAUACACGUGGCUGAGCCUGGUGCAAACAUGGAAGCUGCUGCACAGCUUGUGAACACAGAGGGGCACCUCCCGCUAAAUGACUUUAAAAACUCCUACCAUAUGAUGCUGUUCACCCUGUUUGCCAUGCUAGCUGGUACAUCCAUCGUCGUCAUCGUCCUCCACUCUGUGUUCUCUCCCAAGCAGCAAACAUACCCCCCAUCUUUGGUCCUUAGGACACCUCCACCUGUUGCUGCCCAAGAUUCCUUCAACCACUCUAUACCCAGUGUGCAUCCAAACAGCAGCCCCAGGUUACGUCUCUAUUCUGUGGGCUACCAGUCCUGACAAAGCCCUUAUUAAGGUCUCUUCUGUCCCACAGCGGGUCACCAUUGAAUGUACCUCAUCCCCCACAGAAUAAAAACUGUGGGAUGUAAGUGCGAAAUCAUUGCAUUUUAAUAUCGUACAAAGGCUUUGAAAUCCUCUGUAAAUAUGUGCGUGUCUUUGCUCCUACGUGAGUGAGACACGGUUUCUACAGCUGAAUAUCUUUGUGCUGUCGUUUGCAGUGUUCUAUUAUUAUGAAGAAGAAAAGAACCACUCCAUUUUUAAGAAUGAUUAUAGCUUGCCUUUUACCAAGAUUUUUGUUUGUGGUCAAUAAGUUUAUGCUGUUUUCAUAUUAUACUGUCCAUGUAAUUUUGCAGUAACGACAUUCUUUUGUGACAAAAAAAUAGACUUGAAGAAGAGGAAAUAUUAUACUUUUUUUGUUGCUAAUACACUGAAAACAACCUUACCUGUGACAAAUCCUUCAAAUGUGCAUCAUCAGUUCCUUUUUAUGUUUUGGCAUUUGGGGUAUCUGUUUGAGCCAUGACACGUGCAGCUUCUGUUUAAUUCAUUAAUGUGAAAUGGUUAAUAGAUGUCAAGCAUCCUUGAGUUUCUUUGAUGCAAGAGAACAAAAUGUGACACUUUAUUUUUGGUACUGGAGACGUAAGAAUUGCCUUUUGAAUGCAGACAAAAUACUGCGUUCCCUGAAAGUGUUUUGAGUUUGUAGGCAACAUUUUAAGCCUGAAUUACUGCAUGUUGAAUUUCAAUUUUCCCGUAGGCAGACUACUGUAUUUACUAUGCAUUACUAUGCCUAAAAAGCUUCUACAAUGGAAUUCCUUUUUUCUCUGCCCCAAUUGUUUCCUUGUGUAAAUAUGCCUCUUCAAAUAAAAAUGAUUAAUAUU